UGCCGAGAUAAUGUAGCUGCACACCACUGUAACAGCUGAUUAGCUACCAGCAAGUGAAUUUACCUAACACGGCAUUUUUGCCGCACAACUAGCGUGAUCCUCUACUAACUGGCAAUCGUUAUAUAGACUGAAAUAGGGUGUGAAGUGGUCUAUCGUUAACAUGUCCACUUCAGUUGCUUUUCAAAGAGAGCUUGCCGCCAUAAUGGAUAUCUUAUCUAAAGCGGCCGUGGCAGAAAUUUGCAAAAUUGUAGAAGAUGGCUAUGCAGUGUUGCGUUUUGAAAUAUCUCAGAGUCACCGUGAAAACGAAGACCUUAAGAGGCAGCUGGCUUCGAUGCAGAUUGGGACGAAAAAGGGGAUAGCGAUCAACUCCGUGAACAGUCACUGUCGUGGAGCUCAGCUGUACGAUAAUUUCCAAGCAAGAGCAGAAGCUGUAUCGGAGAGUUAUUUUCCAAACUUGGAGGGAGGCGACAAUAUCGACCGGCGGGGACACGCAGAACCCAAAAGUGUGAACGAGGAACAGGCGCCGAUGCUUUUGCAGUCUGCAGACAAAGAGAAGCGAAGGCCAGAACUGCAGCUUAUUAAAAAGGAGAAGUCUGAAGAAGACUUGGGGAGCGGUGAACUGCAUGGAGGACUGAAUAUUCACGAGGAGAGAGCUGUGGAGUCUGAUGGUGGUGAAAGGUCUCCCAUUGCAGACACACAGACUGCACCUGCUAUAGACACAGAAGAACUCACUGAGCAGCACAGGACCAGCCACAGUGUUUGGGAGGGCAACGGACUGGACACUGUCCUUAAAGCAGAACCAGCAAAUGAGACUGUAAAUCUCCAGGAUGCAGGAUGUGAACUCAAUGAAGAAAGACUGAACAGCCUGGGCAGUGAGUACAUUUUGUGCGAGAGACAGUCUCAGUCAGACAUUUUCUUCACGCAAAAUACCAUUAAAACUGAGACUGAGGAUGCAGCUUGCUCUUAUGCAACAGAAACCAACUCGGAGAGCCUGUCACUUCAUACAGAACUACGGCUUGGGCCUACCACCGCAAAAGACACUGGCAAGAGUUUGUACUUGGGAUCUUUUGAUGGAAUAGACUCUGUACACUUUGAAGUGGAGGAUGAUAUGUGCUCUGCUUGGAACAAAGAGGCACAGCUGGAAUCAGGAACUGCAGGAAGGCUGAGCAAACUUGGAUAUGACAACUUCAUGUUUGAGAGAUCCAGUCAACAGAUGCCCUCUGGUGUUCAACAGGUCACUGACACAGGGCAUCCAGCUUGUUCUUACAUUACAGAAAGUGACCCCAAGAACUUCUCAGUUCACUCAGAGCUACAGUCCCAUCAGACUUUGGCCUCUGAAGGAUCUCUUGAUAUGAAAAGAUUGGUUGAUAUGUGUUCUUCAUUGCACAAAGAGGCCCUGUCAGCAACAUUUCACACACAGCAAAGGCAUAACACAGAGGACUGGGAAAAUGAUAAAUUACAGACAGAAAACUUUUCCAACCUCUCCACAAACACUCAAAGGACAGCAGAAGAGAAAACAACAAGGGUAAAUUCUGACGCCACAGACAUGAGUGCUUACGCCAGAUCGAGUUUCAAGAAUCGGGGCAGAGAAAAGCAUUUAAUUUGUACUUACUGUGGGAAGAGGCUGAGUUGUACUCAAAAUCUUGAAAUGCACCUGAGAAUCCACACAGGAGAGAGACCAUUCAGUUGUGCACAUUGUGGAAAAAGGUUCAACCAAAAGAAUAAUCUUAAAACACAUUUGAGGACUCAUACAGGACAGAAACCAUACUGUUGCAUACAGUGUGGAAAGCGGUUUGCUGAUGCUGGGUAUCUUAAAAGGCAUCAAAGCGUUCACACAGGAGAGAGACCAUUUAGAUGUGCAGAGUGUGGGAAGAGUUUCUCUUUUGCAAAUAAUCUUAUAAGACACCGGAGUGUUCACACUGUAAAGACCAUUUAGCUGAAAAUGUGAUAGGAAGGUACACUUUAAGUCACCCUAAAAGGCAUGAAAGGGGUCACACUAGAUUAAAACUUACAGUGUGGCAGCAAAGGUUUACUCUGUCGUAACAUGAAAAUGGAGGGAAAGCAUAUUGCAUGGUCUUUGCUAUAUCUGAAUAGUUUAUCAAGUAUAGUGCCAAAUUUCACAAAAACUCUACUUGCAAAUUUGUGUGUAAUAAAGUAAA